AUGGGCUCAUCCACCGCCUAUUGGCUGACACAAGCGCUUCACAAUCGGUACACGUGUAGUGUUAUUGAACGGGACUUAACGUUUAGCAAAUGCUCGACAUGUCUAUCGGCGGGCGGUAUUAGACAACAAUUUUCAAACGCCGAGAAUAUUCUGCUGUCGCUUCACAGCUCAAAAUUGUUGCAAAAUAUUGGUCAACAUCUCGGAAUCGAUGGCCAGAGUGCGCCCGAUAUUAACCUCAAACUCAACGGAUACCUACUGUUGACCAAAGAGUNAAUCGGAUUUAAUUUGAAAAAUACGGCCCAAACAGAUAGUGACGGCCAUAACAUCCAGACGUGUAAUGAAGCCAUUAUUAGACAAUCUGACGGAACCGUCAAAGCCCUGGCCUUUGGCACCGGUAUUGUCUGUUGCGGCGCUUUUUCCGGUGCUGUCGCUAAAUCUCUGGGCUAUGGAUCAGAUCAAUCGGGUGUCCGAUCAGUUGCUUUGCCAAUUGAGCCCCGGAAACGAUAUGUUUUUGUCUUUCAAUGCAAUGAUGGGCCCGACCCGGACCGGUGUCCGUUGGUCUUUGACACGUCUUCAAUCUACUUCCGACCCGAAGGAAAGGGAGGCAACUAUUUGUCCAGUUUAUGUCCAAUAGAGGCCGAAGAGCCGAGUGUUGAUAACUUAGAUGUCGACUAUUCAUUCUUCGAGAACACAGUUUGGCCACAAUUAGCCCAUAGAGUGAAAGCGUUUGAAUCAAUUAAAUUGAAGACAAGUUGGGCCGGACUUUACGACUAUAACACUAUGGAUCAAAACGCGGUGAUCGGCAAAGACCCCUAUUAUGACAAUAUGUAUUGGGCGGCGGGUUUUAGUGGUCACGGCAUACAAAUGGGAGCCGCAGUCGGCAGAGCUGUCGCCGAAUUGAUUGUUCACAACAAAUAUAAAACCAUUGAUUUGACGCGUUUUGGUUGGGAUCGUGUCCUCAAUGACCAACCAUUCAGAGAGUUAAAUUUACCGCCGGGUCCUCUGGGACUGCCAUUUGUCGGUUAUCUACCCUUUCUUAAGGGCGAGCCCUCAAAAACGUUCGUACAAUUGGCCAAAAAAUACGGACCGGUUUUUGGUAUUCAAUUGGGUUCGUGUCCAGUAGUGGUUCUCAAUGACUGGCCGUCAAUAAAAGAAGCACUUUCUGACGACACGGCUCUAUAUCGGCCUAAAGAUAACGCGUUUAACACAGCAUUUCCUUCUGCAAUAAAUGGUGACGUUUGGAAAGAGCAGCGAAGGUUUGCUUUGCAUCAGUUGAGAAAUCUUGGUUUCGGCAAGACUUCAAUGGAGGACCACAUCAUCGAUGAAAUCAAUCAUUUGUCACAAGUGUUGGACACUAAAGAGGGGCAGGAAAUUGAAUUCAGAACUAUAUUCCCGAUUAGUGUCUCAAAUAAUAUCAAUUCCCUUAACUUUGGCCGACGUUUCGAGUAUACGGACAGCAAAAAGUUAACGAUUGAUGAGUUCUUAAAGCCCGACCCGACCCUAAGUUUAACAGGAAUAAGGACUGUUAUCGACGGAGUGACUGAUAUUGUCAGAUCUGAAUACGAAACACAUGUGAAAACUAUUGAUAAAAACAAUAAUAGGGAUUAUUUGGACGCUUUUAUCAAUGAAAUGCAAAAACAAGACAAUAACGAAAAGACAUCUUUUAAUUAUGAGAUGCUGCUGGGAAAUGCCUUAACACUAUUUGGUGCCGGUUCUGCUACUGUAUUACAGACCCUCGAGUGGUCGCUAUUGAUUUUGGCCACUAAUCCGCAAAUACAACAACAGAUACACAAAGAGAUCGAUGAAGUGAUCGGCAAAGAGAGGAGUCCUAAGUUUGCCGAUAGAACCCAAAUGCCAUAUUUGCAGGCAUUCAUGUAUGAGGUUUGG